AUAUCAAAUGGGACAACAACUAGAAGAAAAAUAAUCUUAACAAACCCAAAUAAAAUAUCUGUUUUGGAUAUUAAAUUGUUUAACAAAGCAUCUUUUCUUUUCAUUUUCACUGUCAUUGAACAAUAAAAUUAUACGGCAUGGUUCUAACACCAACUAUGUAUACCUUUCGGUUGACCAUAAAAAACAAAUUAAAAAAUAAAUAAAUAAAAAAAUAAACAUCAAUAUGGGGAUAUGUAAUUACGGCACGGUUGUUCUGCAUUUAAAUCCAAAGUCUUAUCAGAUUUUUUUGGCACCCACCUAAACACCUUAUUUGUUCUAAGUUUGUUACGAUUCUUCAAUGAUUUCAAACAGAAGAAAAGUAGAAAAACCUGUGAUCAAAUGAGUUAUUCAAGUUAUUCAAUCUGAUUUUUAUAGCUUCAAAUGGUUUGAAAGAUCAAAAACAUGGAGGAUGGAAAGAUUACAGCGUUAGAUAAUUUAGCAACACCUUCGUAUUUGGUCGUCGCUUUAGCGGUCAAUGGAAGUAAGAAAAACAAAUAUGUUGUUAAAUGGGCAUUGGAUAAGUUUGUUCCAGAGGGUAUGCUUCUGUUCAGAUUGUUCUUCAUUCGACCGAAAAUCACCAGAAUUCCGACACCAAGUGAGUUUCCUAAUAAAGUGGGUUUGGUUCCAGUUUCACAAGUGCGAGAGGAUUUGGUGAUUGCUUACAGGAAGGAAGUCGAAUGCGAGACGUACGAAAAACUCCUUCCUUUCAAGAACAUGUGUGCUACGAGAAAGGUGGAGGUAGAUAUCGUGCAAAUUGAAUCAGAUGAUGUUGUAGAUGCAAUAAAACAAGAAAUUAUAAAACACAAGAUUAAUAAACUAGUAAUUGGAGCUUCAUCAAAAGGCAUAUUCUCAAGGGGGCAGAAUUUGUCGUCAAGAAUCUCUGAAAGCAUUCCGAGCUUUUGUACGGUUUAUGUUAUUUCAAAAGGGGUAUUAUCUUCACUCAGGGCUGCUGAUUCGGAAACCAUUGGAUCCAGUAAAGAUGACAGCAAUAGUAGUGAUUCAAGCUCGGUCACCAGUUCUUCAUUUCUAACCCCAAGCUCCCGAACAGAAUGGACAGACCAAGGCUCUGCUACAUCUUAUUCCCAAUCCUUUUCAAAUUCGCUACCAAUGCAACGUUUUGAAGCACUUUCAUCCAUAAAUCGUACCCUUCUAAAAAAAACUCCUUUAGAAAGUUCCGAAAAUAAGUUUCUUGAAAGUUGUGAAGGAGACGAUGCAACGGUUUCCAAUGCCAGUAAUCCUGAUUAUUUUAAUGAAAAUAGUAUAGUUUCGAGCAGUAGAAGCUUCCGGACUGAAAGCCAGUCUUGGACAUCUGAUCAAGAUUCAAUACCAGAUGCACCUUCAGAAAUUGCACUAGAAAAUCAACCAGAAAUUCAGGAUAAUAGUAUUAACUUUGAGCUGGAAAAACUGAGAGUUGAACUCAGGCAUGUUCGCGGGAUGUAUGCAAUUGCGCAAAGCGAGUCCCUUGAUGCAUCUCGAAAGCUGAAUGAUGUUCAGAAACUGCAACUAGAGGAAUCAACUAAACUCAAAGAUUUAGAGGUUAAAGAACAAGAAGCAAAAUCAUUAGCCGAAGAAGAGAAGAAGCAACACGAAGCCGCUAAAAGACUAGCUAAGUAUGCAAAAGAAUGCAUCAGAAGAGAAGCUGCUCUAAGAAAAGAAGCAGAAGAGACGGCAUUAAGAGAUUCCCGAGAUAAAGAAAAGUUUCAACAUGCCAUAACCGGAACUUCAUUGCAGUACCAGGAGUUCACGUGGGAAGAAAUUGAGGCUGCGUGUUCUUCGUUUUCUGAAGAUCUUAAAAUUGGAACCGGAGGAAAUGGGACCGUAUACAAAUCAAGCUUUCAUCAUAUGGUUGCUGCCGUCAAAGUUCUUCAUUCUCAAGAAGCUCAUAGAACCAAACAAUUUCAACAAGAGCUUGAAGUAUUGAGCAGAAUCCGGCAUCCUCAUUUGCUUAUUCUAAUCGGUGCGUGUGUGGAUCAUGGCUGUUUGGUUUACGAGUACAUGGAAAACGGGAGUUUGGACGAGCGAUUAUUUCGCAAAAACGACACACCACCGAUCCCAUGGUUCGACCGGUUCCGUAUCGUGUGGGAAGUAGCAUCAGCUCUAAACUUCCUUCAUAAUGCGAAACCGAAAUCCAUCGUUCAUCGUGACCUAAAACCAGCAAAUAUACUGCUUGAUAAAAAUCUCGUGAGCAAAAUAGGGGACGUUGGUCUUUCAACAAUGCUUCAAUCGGACUUCUCUUCCACAUCCACCAUUUACAAAGACACGAGUCCAGCAGGAACCCUUUGUUACAUCGAUCCAGAGUAUCAACGAACAGGAUUAGUGUUUCCAAAAUCCGAUGUAUACGCUCUUGGUAUGGUGAUUUUGCAGCUGCUGACCGCAAGACCAGCAAUUGCAGUUACUCAUGUGGUGGAAACAGCUCUUGAAAACGAUGAGUUAGGCAGUGUGUUGGAUCAAGAUGCAGGCGAAUGGCCGAUUGAUGAAGCGAAAGAGUUAGCAUAUUUGGGGUUGAGCUGCGCUGAGCUUCGAAGAAAAGAUAGACCAGAUUUGAAAAACAAGGUUCUUCCUGUAUUGGAACGACUAAAAGUAGUCGCAGAUGCAGCUCAAAGAUCCACCUCCAUGACGCGACCCACCCCUCCUAACCACUUCAUAUGCCCAAUACGCAAGGAUGUUAUGGUUGAUCCAUGUGUUGCUGCUGAUGGCUAUACGUACGAUCGCAGGGCGAUAGAGCAAUGGCUUGAAGAGAGUGAUAGCUCCCCGAUGACUAAUUUACCGUUGACGAGUAGGAGCUUAACGCCUAAUUACACGCUUCUUUCGGCAAUCAUGGAGUGGAAAUCAACCACCUAACCAUUUGAGUGAGAAUUUUGGAUGCAACCUGAUUUUUUUAGGAUUGUUUUAUGUACAUUUGUUUGAUUUAUCUAUAUUUUAUAUGGACCUGUCUUGAACUUGAGUAUGAAAAUUUAUAAAGUGUACAUAGUUUUUUUUUGGAA